GGCAUGUAACCCUUUCUUUGGGUCUAACUCACUGGUUGGAUAACAGAGAACUACUAAAAAGACCUUUGAAAAUGCUGUGGAUAUCAUGUCUCCCAACGGCAUCUCUCUUUUUUCUGCUUCUCCCAUGCUUUCCUGGCCAGAACGGUGGAGAAAAUGAACAGUCAACAGACAUUAUCAGUGUUUGGGAAGGAGACUCCAUCAGCAUAACUUGCUCAAUGAAGUUUUCAGAAAAUGAAGUGGGAACAUACUUGAGAACUAGCAUACAGCCUGUCAAUGUGAUAUAUGUUUCCAAACAGAAUACUUCAUAUAUCCUUCCUGCUUUGGCUAAUCGCAUCACCUAUUCAAUGGAAGGAAGGAACCUGAGUAUAACUCUGCAUAAUGUACAGGAAUCUGAUUCUAAUAUCUAUCUAUGCACUAAGUUUAUUAAAAGCCAAGGCCAUCACAAAAAGCUGAAUGGGAAGACAACCAUAGUAGUGGUGAAAGCUAAAACCAGUGGAGUUGUUGAACAGUCACCACUCUAUGUCAAUCCUCAGCAAGGCCAGUCUAUCAGCAUUACCUGUGCAUUGAAGAGCUCACAUGAAGAUGAAGGGAUCUACUUGCUAAAGACUCACAUGAAACCUGAAAAAGUGCUACAUGUUUCAAGUCAGAAUGCUUCAACUAUUUUUCCACCUUUUGCUAAUCGCUUGGAGUAUUCAAAGCAAGAAAAGAAAAUAGUGAUAACUCUACACAACCUACAGAAAAACGACAGUGAUAUAUAUGUAUGUGCUGGGGUGGUGAAAAAUUCCUCUCACCUCUCAGUGAAUAGAAGUGGCACCAUGAUGCUGAUUAAAGAAGUGGAGCAGACACACUGCAGUAACAGUUCCUGGGCCUUCUAUGGUGUUAUCGUUGUGGUAGUGCUACUGUUUUCUGCGCUGAUAUACUACUGCUUGUACCGUGUUGAUGUGAAGAAAUGCUUCCAGAAAAGAAAACCAAAUGAAAUAUAUGAAGAUAUGUCUUACAGUUCUAGACGUAACACCUUGGUCAGAACCAACACUUACUCCAUUGACAAUUAAGCCUCUACCAGCGGGGAUUGUGCAUGGAUUGGCUGUUCCUUUACAGGUCACUGAAAGCUGUCUUAGCAACCUGAUGCACUAGCUGAACUGAAUAAGCUAUCAUCUCCCUUAUUCACUGAAAGGAGAAACCUGCCUCAUUUCCAAAGCUAUUUCUACCUUUUUGUUCACUUUUAAACAUAUAUAUUUUUCUAAAUAUAUAGAAAAUGUAGAGAAAUGGAGGUAGCCUGCACAUGUGUUUGCAGUUUAGGAUAGAAAGCAGUAUUUUUGGAUUAUACAUUUGACUAGAUGUAAUGUAUGGGCUCAUUUAUUUGAUAAAUAACCUUUUCAGGAAAGGUGGGAUAGAUGAAGGCUUCUGGUUCUGAGCUUUGGUAAGUGCUCAGGAAGACCAUAACUGGACUGUUUAAUAAUAUGCAAUGGAUCCACAUAUGCAUGAAUUACAGUUCUCUUAUGAAUCCUCUUGGGUCUGCUGUCCUGGUUUGAGCCCAGAAGGCAACCAAGCACCAUGCAGCC